AUGACCAUCCCGAUAUAUACGUUUGCUGUGAUGACUACCAUCGCCGUGGCCAUCUGGUCCGACCGCGUGCAGCAGCGAACCCCAUUCAUCAUCCGCGGGCUAGCAAUGGCAUCAAUCGGAUACAUCGGCGAAUUGGCCGUUCCCCAACCAGAGCUGCCAGGAGUAACCUACCUCUUCCUCUUCCUCAUUGCCGGCGGCCUCUUCUGUCCAUUCACAAGCAUCGUCACAUUAGUCGGGAACAAUCUCGCCCCCUCAUCGAAACGUGCAGUGGAAUUGGCCAUCCUCGCCAGUUUCGGGCAUAUGGGCGGGAUCUGCGGGAGUAAUAUUUACCUUGCGAGACAGGCUCCGCAGUAUCCGGUGGGGUAUGGGACCUGCUUGGGUGCGUGUGUUCCUGGCAUCGCGGCGGCUAUUCUUCUCCAAAUCGCGUAUGCGAGUGAGAAUAGGAAGAAGGCUGCGCUUUUACAGGCGGAAGAUGAAGCAGCCGAACGGGCUCGGUAUCGUGAGCAGGAGUUGGUGGAUCUUGGAGAUAAGAGUCCGUUUUUUCAGUAUACCUUGUAG